AUGGCUCCCUUAGCCGAAGUCGGGGGCUUCCUUGGCGGCCUGGAGGGCUUGGGCCAGCAGGUGGGCUCGCACUUCCUGCUGCCUCCUGCAGGGGAGCGGCCGCCUCUGCUGGGCGAGCGCCGGGGCGCGGUGGAGCGGGGCGCCCGCGGCGGCCCUGGGGCUGCGGAGCUGGCGCACCUGCACGGCAUCCUGCGCCGCCGGCAGCUCUACUGCCGCACGGGCUUCCACCUGCAGAUCUUGCCCGACGGCAGCGUGCAGGGCACCCGGCAGGACCACAGCCUCUUCGGUAUCCUGGAAUUCAUCAGUGUGGCAGUGGGGCUGGUCAGUAUUAGAGGAGUGGACAGUGGUCUUUACCUUGGAAUGAAUGACAAAGGAGAACUCUAUGGCUCAGAGAAAUUGACGUCUGAAUGCAUCUUUAGAGAGCAAUUUGAAGAGAACUGGUAUAAUACCUAUUCCUCCAACAUAUAUAAACAUGGAGACACUGGCCGUAGGUAUUUUGUGGCACUUAACAAAGACGGAACUCCAAGAGAUGGUGCCAGGUCCAAAAGACAUCAGAAAUUUACACAUUUCCUGCCUAGACCAGUGGAUCCAGAAAGAGUUCCUGAACUGUACAAGGACAUACUGAUGUACAGUUGA